CGCCAUUUUUGUAUGACGUCAUCAUUUCUCCAUCGGAAACAAGCAGCUAAAACAAGUAAAAAGGGAAUUCGCUUUGAUGAUUUUUGAUGUCUACUGUGCCCCAGGAGUAUGUUUAUUUCACUUUGAUAACAGGUAUCGACACGUGUUUGAAUGUCAACAGACUGAUUAUGAAGCAUUGUGGAUAUGAUUUUGACCGACGAAUAUGGUGGGACAGUUUGUGUAACAGAAGGCGUGAAGACGAAAAAAGAAAAGAAAAUGCAUCAUAAAGUCCAAGAAUGAAAUGUCUUUACCACUUCGUUAAUGUUCCACGUGUAACCAUAGCUACUUCGGAGAUGUGUAUUUGUGAACUAGAAGUGUAUGGUCAGGUCAUCGUCACAGUUUAAUUCCACAGAAGUCAACUUCAGUUUAGAUUAUUUAAAAGUCAUCACGUGAACUUGUUCUGAUCUCACUCUAAAAGGAAAUAAUACUAGAAGCAUAUGGUCAGGACAUCAUCACAAUUUAAUGUUUCUAAAGAAGAAGUUGUCCAUGAUUUGAGUUGAGUUUCUUUAAAUGACAUCACGUGAACUUGUUGUUCCUUACUCUAAAAGGAAGUAAUACUAGUAGUGUAUGGUCAGGACAUCAUCGCAGUUUAAUGUUUCUAGCAAACACGUUUUCCAUGACUUGAGUUUAGUUUCUUUAAAUUACAUCGUGGACGUCCUCACUCUUAAAAGACAGGAAUACACUGGCACACAGAUGCAGUUUAAUCCUUCCAAAUCCACAAGUUGUUGGGACUUGAUUUUAGUUUAUUUAAAUGACAUCAAGUGAACCUGUUGCAUACUCACUUUAACAAGAAAGACUACAAGUUGUCUGUGAUGCGUUUAGUUUAGUUAAUUGCCAUCAAGUGGAUCUGUUUAGUCCUCAUUCUAAAAGGAAUACUAGUCGCAGCUUAAUCCUUAUAAAGCCAACAAGCUGUGAUUAGAGUUUACUUUAUUUAAAUGACAUUCAGUGGACUCUUAAAAAUCAGUCAUAAAGAGAUAUGAACAACACGUCGACGCCGUGCGAUGAUGAACUGCCUGGCACUAGAUACAGUAUUGCCGCCAUCAUCGUCCUUUGUCUGUUGGCUGUGCUGGGCAUGGCCGUAAAUAUGAUCCUCAUCCUCGCCAUCAUCGCCUGCAAGCGACUCCGGAACCUGCCCAACCUGUUUGUGCUGUCUCGUGCCGUCGCUGACCUCGGCGUGUGUGUACUGGUGAUGCCGUUCGGUAUUUACAAAUACCACCACUACAGCAGAUGGGUGCUGGGGCAUCAGCUGUGUCUGGUGUUCGGCAGCAUCACCGUGAUGCUGUUCUUGGCGUCCAUCCUUCACAUCCUCAUGAUAGCCGUGCACCGUUACAUCGUCAUCUGUCACCCCACCUACCAGAAGCAUAUGGGCCUUGCCCGGGUGCUAAUCAUGCUGUCCAUCUGCUGGCUUAUCCCCUUGUGUUUCUCUUUCCCGCCCAUCAUGAACGAGUGGCACGCAAUAGGCUUGAGCAAAACAAUCCCCUGUUUCUCGUUCAGAAAGCGGUGCCUGAUUAUGUUCAACAUGACAUACGCGAUUAUUUGCGGCCUCAUCAUGUACUACAUCCCUGCCGGUAUCAUGGUGUUCUGUCACAUGAAGCUGCGUUUUGGUCGCCCUCGCCGGUUAAGCAUCAUUUCCACGGACCAGAACGAUGUCGUCAUGGUACGCACGCUCAGCAUCCUCAUGGCGUGUUUCGGCCUGUGCUGGACGCCAGAAUUUGUUGGCCGGACAAUCGAUCCUCUGCUCGGCUACGUGGCACCGUCGGAUCUCUGGGUCGGCUUCUACUUCCUGGGUUGCUUUAACUCGGUGGUCAACCCGUUCGUCUACUACCUGUCGAGCAGCAACUUCAGGUACAACAUCCACAAGCUCAUCAUGUGCCAGAUAUGCUGCAGCCGCGACGACGGUGUCCUCCAGAUGAAUGAGCAGGAGGCGGAGGCGUCUGAUAUGAUAGAGCCGGAUUCGAUGGAGCCGGAUUCGACGAUAUUGCCGGCACAACCAAUAGUGAUGAUGACACUGCCAACAGACAUGCCGAAAGAAACGACACUACCGACUGAGACAGUAAAAAUGCCAAAUGCGACGACGACGACUGCGAAGUGAUGAAAGUUGUGCCGGUCAGAGUUCAAGAUGAAGUCUUCAAAUGGAGGACAAAAUCUGUGUGUUUUUCAGUGUUCCUACACAGACUCUGUGCAGGUCAGGCUACCUAACAAAGUACCACACCAGUUUAAUAACAGAGAUACAUGUCGCCUUCAAACAGUGAAUGUUAAUUCUGGUUUAAAAAAAAAAAAACACCUAAGUUUCUUGCUUAAAAUAUUCAAUCCAGUGACACCAUAAUGUGAACAGAAGCUAAAGACUAUAGACCCAUAUUUUCGAAGCUAUCUUAGCGCUACGAUAUCGUAAAACCGUUGUAGGUUAUGGCGAGAGUCGUAGUGUCGUCAUAGCUUGCAAUGGUUUUACAUCAUAGCACUAAGAAAUCGUAGAAGAUCUGUAGCCUUGUCUUGAUGUGAUGCGCUCUGAAAUGUUGAUUAUUGUUUUGUUAAGUAGUUACCACAAAUACAUCCUACAGUUUGUGACAAGUGUGCGACACUUGACCUGAGUGUGAACAUAGGUAUCUCAGUGUGAACAUAGGUAUUUUCCAGUGUUCGACAACUAUUUGAUAAAAAUCACUAGCCCUCACAGAAGCUUGCACUAGUGUCCUAUGUAUUAUAGUAAUAGAGUUGGUAAUUUUCACUAGUCCAGAUCAAAACGUCACUAGCGGAACGGAGGCCAAGUGGAUUAGCUGAACCUUGAAUCCAUGAUUUAUCUCAGAUAAGAUUUGAAUAUUUUAGGUUGUUGAAUGCUGAACAAAAAUAAAUACCAAAUACUGUACUGAACCGCUUUAAAAACGCAACACUCACUGUUGUACAAAACAUUUCAUAUUUCAUUUAAUGAACAUCUUAAAAUCAAUUGCAAUUCAUAACUGACCACCAAAUGAUGACUUACUAUCACUAAAGUUGUAGUGUGCAAGCCCGUUGGUUUACGCAUGCGCGGUAAUAUUUCUCUUUUAACGUCUCGGGUUUCAUUAUGGCCGCUACGCGAUUACAUGAAUGUGUUGCAUCUUCUACGUAUCAACGGAAUGCGCGUCGGAUUGCGGGCUGUCGAAGAAUUACCAGACUGGUACGUUGGUCUGGUGUUUGUAACAACUGCUAGUGAUGUCCCUCGACUUGUCCGGCAGUGGAAGCUGAGCUCAAGAAAUGAUUUCUCAGAUGCUGAUACUAGUAACAAAUUAGACCUACCUGUGAUGUCCCUUGACUAUUUGGUAGUGGAAGCUGAACUCAGGAAAAUAUUUCUCAAAUCCUGCGUCCUUUUAAACUUGUUCUUGUGUUAGGCUGGCCAGGUCUUAGGCGAUCUUUGGCUACCCCAAUCUCUUUACAAGUCUCAAAACAGUUGAGGGGCGGGAUAUAGCCAACUGGUAUAACACUCGCUUGAUGUGAGGUCAGUUUCAUAUUGAUCCCCGUCAGUGGGCCCAUUGGGCGAUUUCUCGUCCCAACUGGUAUAUCAAAUUUCGCGUCAUGUGCCAUCAUAUUUGUGGGAUGGUGCAUAUGAAACAUCCCUUUCUACUAAUGGCAAAAUGUAGCAGGUUUCCUCUUAAAGAGUAUAUGUCAAAGUUACCUAAUGUCUCACAUCCAAUAGCCGAUGAUUAAUAAAACAAUGUGCUCUAGUUGUGUUGUUAAACAAAAGAAACAAAACAGUUAAUGGGUGACACCAGAAAUCUAGCUACCUGAUGUGUUGAUAAGUUGACAUGCAACAUACCAACGACCCAAACGCCUUAUUCCAUUAAUUGUCAGCAAGCCUAGCUAUUCUGAUAAACAUUUAAUUGUGUGUCCCAUGGGUAUCAUCAUAAAAACAAUUAUGAUAAAAAUUCGUGCGUGAUAUAUUUGUAUGGACCUAUUUGUGACCCAACACCAUUUCGUGCAGUCUGCAUCACGCUUCACUGAGCAUAGACGUGAAAAUCCAUUAACACUUUUAUUGAUCAUGUACCCCAAAAGGGGUCGACAAAAUAUAGCAACCAAAAAAUGUUGCGUUUUUAAAGCGGUCCUGUGUAUUUGAAGCAUGAAAUCGAGCUUUAUACAUGAACACCAUCCACUGUUGUUAGACCCAACUAAGUAGCCUUGAGCUGUCUUUUUCUCAAAUGUGAAUUAUAGUAGAAUUUGGUUUAACACCAAUUUCAGGACUCACCUGAGGAGAGUAAUUUUUACCUGCCCUUAGCACUGUGAAUUGAUAUGAUAUCAGUAAGGUAAUAUCUUAAAUGGCUCCCAGUAAUCUAAGUUAGAGGAGCAAUUAAUCAUUCCUUAAAUUUAUUUUAUUUAGUUUAGUUUUGGGUGGGCUUUUUUUUUUUUCUUUUUUUUUCUUCUUCUGUUUUUUUAUGACAAGGUCUCCAGUUUGACCAAUUGAAAUUUUAAUUUGACUGCAGAUUUUAUGAAAUUCGCCAAAGUGCAAAAUACUGUUUUGUGGGGGGAUUUUUAUGUCUUAUUAUUAUUAGUUUAUUAAUUUAUUUUUAUUAUUACUUUUUUAUGGGGAGAGUGAUGGUGAAUUCGGGCUGAUUGCAAAACUAUUUUUCACUUUUCACGAUUAUAUGCUUUACAUGGAGGGUGUCUCUAUAUGUGUUGGAUUGUUGGGUUAUUUAGUUUUUUAAGGGUGUGUGUAUUACUUGUCUUGUUUUUGUUGUUGUUGUUUUUUACUUUUUUUCUUUUGGAGUUUUGUUUUAACAAUGAUUCUAUAUAACAGAUUCGCAGGUUGAUCAAUUGGGGUCGUGUCUGUUGCUUGAUAAAUGGCUCCAUCAGCCAAGACUGCUACACUGUUCCAAUAUUUUAUAUAUAUUUAAUGUUUUCGUUGUUUUUGGUUUUACCCAACAAUUGAUGUUGAAUGGCUCCUAACAUAGUAACUGUAAAACGUAUUGGACUUAUUUUAUUAGUUAUUAGUUCAUUCUCAACCAGUUAGUUAUGGAAUAGACACAAGGUUAAAUUAAAACAAAAAAACUUUACUUGUUUAAUAUUGUUAUUUUUGAGAGGUUUUGGUUUUUUGGUUUGCUGUUUAAUAAAACUAAUAUCUGACAUUGA